CCGCCCUUCUCGGGCCCUGGCGCUGCCGGAGCUCCCCGCGGGCCCGCGGGCCCUGCGUAAUUCCCGGGGAGCGGCGCCUGCCCGCCCGGGGGCGGGGCGGAGCAGGGGCUAGUGGGUGCCGAGCCCAUCCGGCGGCUGCGCCCGACACUCCGCAGCUGAAGCGUAUUUGAUGGGGCGGUGGGGCGAGGGAGCGCGCACGGAGCGCGGGACUGAGCGCUGGGCGGACGGACCGACGGACGACCGCCCCCGCACACGCAGACGCAAAGAGCUCAGCGCGGCCCCUGUCGCACACACACUCGCGCAGACACACACAGGAACGCACGCAGACACACGCACACUCGCGCGCUCACAUCCUCCCGCCAGCGUGCCCGCCCGCUCGCCGGCGCCCGGAGCCCGCUCUGGCCGGAGAGAGAGAACCACACUGCUGAUGACUCCGAGAGAGGGUCCCUGGACAUGUGCUGCAGCGAGAGGCUGCCGGGUCUGCCCCAGCCGGUAGUGAUGGAGGCGCUGGACGUGGCCGAAGGGCUUGCAGACUCACAGAGAGAGAUGCCGCCGCCCCCACCUCCUUCACCACCCCCAGAGCCAGCUCUGAAGCCGCCACCUCGAGGAGCCGGGAGCCACUCCCUCGCUGUCAGGAGCAGCCUGUGCCUGUUGGCUGCCUCCCAGUUCCUGCUUGCCUGCGGGGUGCUCUGGUUCAGCGGCUAUGGCCCCAUCUGGUUGCAGAGUGCUGCAGACCUCAUCUCCUCCUUGCUCACACUCCUGCAGCAGCUGGGACCCAUGGCCUGGCUGGGUGUUAGGACCUGGGAAGUCCCCAGUCUGCUGCUUGUCUCUCUGUCUGUGGUCCUGGUUACCAUCCUGGUGUGGCACCUCCUGAGGGCCCCCCAAGAGCAAGCCACUCCACAGGCCCCCGAGGACAGGCGCCAGUCGGUGAGCCGCCAGCCCUCCUUCACCUACUCGGAGUGGAUGGAGGAGAAGGCUGAGGAUGACUUCCUGGACCUGGACGCCGUCCCUGAGACUCCUGUGUUUGACUGUGUGAUGGACAUCAAGCCUGAGGCCGACCCCACCUCACUGACCGUCAAGUCCAUGGGUCUGCAGGAGAGGAGGGGUUCCAACGUCUCCCUGACCCUAGACAUGUGCACACCAGGCUGUAACGAAGAAGGCUUCGGCUACCUCAUGUCCCCACGUGAGGAGUUGGCCCAUGAGUAUCUGCUCAGUGCCUCCCGUGUCCUCCAGGCCAAGGAGCUUCAUGAAAAGGCCCUGGAUCCGUUCCUGCUGCAGGCAGAAUUCUUUGAAAUCCCCAUGAACUUUGUGGAUCCAAAAGAAUAUGAUAUCCCUGGGCUGGUGCGGAAGAACCGGUACAAAACCAUCCUUCCGAACCCCCACAGCAGAGUGUGUCUGACCUCACCAGACCCUGAUGACCCUCUGAGUUCCUACAUCAACGCCAACUACAUCCGGGGCUAUGGUGGGGAGGAGAAGGUGUACAUCGCCACUCAGGGACCCAUUGUCAGCACAGUUGGCGACUUCUGGCGCAUGGUGUGGCAAGAGCACACGCCUAUCAUUGUCAUGAUCACCAACAUUGAGGAAAUGAAUGAGAAGUGCACCGAGUAUUGGCCGGAGGAGCAGGUGGUGUACGACGGUGUGGAGAUCACUGUGCGGAAAGUCAUUCACACUGAGGAUUACCGGCUGCGACUCAUCUCCCUCAGGAGUGGGAUUGAAGAGCGAGGCCUGAAGCAUUACUGGUUCACCUCCUGGCCCGACCAGAAGACCCCAGACCGGGCCCCACCACUCCUGCAUCUGGUGCAGGAGGUGGAGGAGGCAGCCCAGCAGGAGGGACCCCACUGUGCUCCCAUUGUUGUCCACUGCAGUGCAGGGAUUGGGAGGACCGGCUGCUUCAUUGCCACCAGCAUGUGCUGCCAGCAGCUGCGGCAGGAGGGUGUGGUGGACAUCCUGAAGACCACCUGCCAGCUCCGUCAGGACAGGGGCGGCAUGAUCCAGACAUGCGAGCAAUACCAGUUUGUGCACCAUGUCAUGAGCCUCUACGAGAAGCAGCUGUCCCGCCAGUCCCCGGAGUGACUGCGCCCCUCCCCUGGGGUCCUCUUGGCACCACCCUGCCUGAGUCUAGGCCUUGCCUUGGGUCCUGGCCUGCUCCCUGCCCCUGGCCCCCUGCUUCCUUCUCUGCAGUGCUCCCUCCCUCCUCCAGCAGCCUUGGCCUGGCCCCUGCCCCCCAACAUAGCUCUUCCUACUGUACAUACUGGGGAGAGGGGCAGGGUCGGGGAGGGAUGUGCCAGGCCAGGCCUGGGGCACCAGGGCAUGACCCACACCAUGCAGACCUGGGGCCUCAGUUUUUAACAACAGUUCCACUGCUACUCCAUGCAGAACAUUUCCAUGCCGCCCCCAGUUGUCUUGCCACAAGGUGUUCUGUCUGUUCAUCCAUCUCUGCUAUCUGUACCGGACACUGUGUCUCCUCAGCCCAGGAAAGGGGUAAUUGAGCUCCAGCCCCUAAGUAGCCCAGGCAGAAGUGCCUGCCUGGGGCCCCCACCCCCACUUCUUCCAACAGACAGAUUGCAUUUUGCCCUGUUAUUGGGACCAGCAUGGGGAGCUCCUGAGAGGUUGGCAGAGAGAUCUCAGCUGGGGCAGAGGUCUCUGGGUUGGGGUCAGGGGAAGCAGUAUUGCAGCCAGGCUGGCCUCUUGGUAUCAGAUGCCUUCAGGAGGCAGUGGCCAGCAUGAGAGGCACUGGGGAGAAAGGGGACAGAUGGGGGCCAUGAACCCAGGGGACCUGGGCCCGGCAGGCGUGGGAGAAGGGGAGCUCUGCGGGGAGGGUGGGGACUUAGCCCCAGAUCUGUGCAAAACAUUUUUCUGCGUCACUGUGGGAAGGCCUUCCCAGAAGUCUCACUGUGUGUAGUUCUGUGUGUGUUCCUGUGUCCAUGCGUGUGUAGAGAGCCCGUCAGCAGGGCAUGCAUGAUUCUGGCAACGUGUGUUAUCUCGGAGCCACAUGUUUUUAUUGCUGACUUUAAAUAUUUAUUCCACGGCAGACAGAGACAUUUGGUGUCUGUUUAUAAUUUGCUCGUGGUCAUUGAAUAGAGCAAUAAAUGGAGCAUUUUGAGCAAAACUAGCCUCUGGAUCUGUG